GCGGGCUCCCCGCCGCCAUUUUGCCCAGCAUGGCGGGCGGAGCGGAGGCGGUGCGGCUGGGCGCCGAGAUCGAGCGGCGGGAGCGGGAGCUGCGGGGUCUGAGGGAGCGGCUGGCUGAAGUGCUGGCGGGGGAGAGCGGUGCGGAUACCGAGGAGGGGUCAGCUGGAGUCAGCGCCGCCGCUUUCCCCGCCGAGCUCGCUCCCUUGCCCGCGCAGGCCUCGCUGAGCGCCGCCGCCAUCCUGCGGUACAGCCGGCAGCUGGUGCUGCCCGAGCUGGGCGUGCGGGGGCAGCUGCGCCUCGCCCGCUGCUCCGUACUCGUGGUGGGCUGCGGAGGGCUGGGUUGCCCCCUCGCGCAGUACCUGGCCGCGGCCGGCAUCGGCCGCCUGGGGCUGGUGGAUCACGACGUGGUGGAGACCAGCAACCUGCACCGGCAGGUGCUGCACGGGGAGGCCCGCCGGGGGAUCCCCAAAGCCGUGUCUGCCGCGGCGACCCUGAGGCUGCUGAAUUCCACGGUACAUUACGUGCCCUACUGCGGCGCCCUGAGCCCGAGCACCGCCCUGGAGCUGGUGCGGCAGUACGACGUGGUGGCCGACUGCUCUGACAACGUCCCCACCAGGUACCUGGUGAACGACGCCUGCGUCCUGGCUGGGAAGCCCCUGGUGUCCGGCAGUGCCCUCCGGCUGGAGGGGCAGCUAGUGGUGUACAACUACCAAGGGGGACCCUGCUACCGGUGUCUCUUCCCCAAACCCCCUCCGCCAGAGACGGUGACAAACUGUGCAGAUGGGGGGGUGCUGGGUGUUGUGCCGGGCAUCAUGGGGUGCAUUCAGGCCUUGGAAGUGUUGAAGAUAGCCUCAGGAAUGGGUUCCUCCUUCAAUCAGUUCAUGCUGAUGUUCGAUGCUCGGGAAGGGAAAUUUCGCAACAUCAAGUUAAGACCAAAGAAAGCAGACUGUGCUGUUUGUGGGGACAAUCCGUCUGUCACUUGCCUUCAGGAUUAUGAGGCAUUUUGUGGGUCUUCUGCAACAGACAAAUGUAGAACUUUACAUCUGCUGUCCAGUAAAGACAGGAUAUCUGUAGAGGAAUACAAAAAACUGUUGGAUGAGCAAGUUCCUCAUGUAUUGUUAGAUGUUCGUCCCCAGGUUGAGGUGGAUAUCUGUCGCCUGGCACACUCUGUCCACAUUCCCUUGAGUAAAUUAGAGGAAAAAAAUGAAGAAUGUUUGGAAUACUUAGAAAAACGAAUCUGUGAAGAAAAGCAGAGAACUAAUGGCCAAACAUCUUUUCCUGUAUAUGUUGUUUGCAAGUUAGGAAAUGACUCCCAGAAGGCUGUCAGAAUUAUUCAGGAGUUACCUGUUAAAGAAUAUGGUCCUGUAUUAGCUAAGGAUAUUAAAGGGGGGCUCAUGGCUUGGGCCAGUAAAAUUGACCCAACAUUUCCUCAGUACUAGAAAUAUAAAUGGAAAAAAAAAAAAAAAGGAUAUUCACAGGAAAUGCAUGGGGUUUAAAUGUUUCUCUGCAGUGUCUAUAUCAUGUGGAGAUACAACAUGAUAUUUCUAUCUUCCACGUUUAUUAUUUUUUUAAUUAUAUAUUUGUUGGUGUCUGUUUUUAUAUAAAAAUAUGAAAUUAUGUGGAAAUAAAUAAUUUUCACUAUUAAAAAACAA